AUGGUAAAAUACUCAGUCCCUGCGUCUAUACUGCUGUCGCAGUCAUUGGUGGCGGCGAGUCUCUACGACUCAUAUGUGAGCUUGUCAUUCGAGCUGAUUGGCUUCCCUACCUUUGCUGGAACCAGGAGCCAGCCCAAUGCCUUCUCCCACAAUCUGAUGCAAAACUUGGCCGACCUUCAAGGUAGCGGAGUUGUCGUUCGAGUCGGUGGAAACUCUGGUGAUCGUGCCAUCUACGACUCUACCUUGACCACCUCCACAGCCAGCUCUUGCCCCAAGGCCGACCCUGGUGCAUGGCAAUGCAUCGGAAAGAGCUUCUUCGAGUCCUAUGGCGGAUUCCCUGCCGGCACCCGCUACUCUCAUCAGUUCAACAUGGGCGCCUACAACUCGUCCGGAUGGGCCACUCUGAAGUCGACAGUGCCUCUGGCUUGCAAAGCACUUGAGGGCCAGCUUGAGUUUUGGGAAGUUGGAAACGAGCCGGAUCUGUACAUUGGAAGCAGACGUCCCAGCAGCUACACCGCCGCCAACUACGCCGCCGAGUGGGUGAACACCACUCAACACUUCGAGAGCUAUCUCAAGACUGCAUGCCCCUCCUUGGGCGGCAGAAUCAAGUACAUUGCUCCUUCUUUGAGCUCCCCUGGCGCCAAGUUGAAGAUCAACGCCAUCUUCCCAGAUGAAGGCAGUAGCGCGACCUCAAAGAUCUCACAGGUCUCUGUGCACAACUACAUGGGCGGCGCCACAAGCCCUGGCGUUACUCUGCAGAGCACCCUCAUGAGCCACACUGCGGUUGUCAACUCGAUUACCAACCAUGUCAACUACGCCAAGACCUCUACCAUCAGUGCUGACUACAUCAUUGGCGAGCACAACAGCUUGUACGGCGGUGGUGCCUCUGGCCUCUCUGACGUCUUUGGAGCUGCUCUCUGGGCUAUGGAGUUCUCCCUCUAUGCUGCUUCCACUGGUGUUAUCAAGCGUAUUCACUUCCACCAGUCCGUGGGCUCUCCUUAUGCCGCCUGGGUUCCUUCAGGCACCCUCAACACCAAUGCCCCGUACUACGGCAAGCUGGCUGCCAGCACCUUCUUGGCCAACUCAAAUGCCAUCGAAGUUCAGACUCUUGCUUUAAACAAGGAUGCUGAUAAGGAUUCUGGAUAUGCCGCUUACAUCAACGGCGAGCUGAGACGCGUCGCUGUUCUUAACUUGAGACAGUACAACUCUGGCUCUGGCACCCGCCCCAACCAGACCUACACUGUCCAGGUCGGCGCUGGAACUUCUUGGAAAUCUCAGCGUCUCACUGCAGCUGGCGCUACCGACAAGUCUGGCGUUACUUUCAACGGCUUCUCCUACGAUGCUAACUCCAACGGUCUGGCCCAGCGUGUUACCAGCCAAGAGUCGGACAAGGUUAUCCAGGCUGACAGCAACGGUAACAUUACAUUUACUGUUCAGGACUCCGAAGCCAUUGUCCUGAUUAAGAAAUAA